GAAAUUAAAUCGAGGAAAAAAUAAACGUAUUUAGUACGAAAAAAAAAAAAAUAAAUAAAAAGAAAAUAAAAUUAAAAAAAAAGCCCGAGAUAAUCUCAUUCCUAAUAAAUAAAGAAGUAAAAAAGUUGAAUUGAUUUAUCUGGAGACUCAAUGCAUCUGUCGAAAAAAAAAGCCAUCGUACAUUUUCGCAUAGCACGCAUAAAUAUCGCGAUAUUGACGAAUCGCACGUAAAUCGAUCCAAAUUCCAAUUUCAUUGGGUAAUUAUUACAAAGUUCAUUUAGCCGAGAAUUACGACAUUAAAUCUUACUAAGCAAUUUUUCUGAAGUUACAAAUUUUUUUUCAUUCCUCGAUCUAUCUCAUUAAACGAAAAAUCGCCGAGAGUUUAACAAAGUUACGUUAAGCCUACGUGAUCGUUCACAUUCUCAUAUAAAAAAAUUUGUUCUUCUUUAAUACGCGCUUUUCGUGAUGUAACUCUUUUUCUAAUGAAAUUAAAUAAAAAUUACAAUAAAAAAAAAUGAGGAGACAAUGGAAACUCGAAUUAAAUCUUUUAACGUGCCUGGCAAUUUUUGUGACGGGAGAACCCUCGUUGAACGAUAUAACGUUGCAGGUGAACACGAGAAAACUGGUUUCAGUAAGCAGCGAUAAAUUUCUCAGCCUUGCUAUCGAUCCGCUCGCUAUACUUACAUCCAACGAUGUCUCAACAAAUUACGAAAGAAGUAUACGAAUGGCCAGAGCCUUAAGUCCUGCAUAUCUUCGACUUGGUGGGCCUCAAAGUAACUUGUAUUUACUCGAUGAACACAACGACACAAACUACGUUUUUUCAGAAAGCAAUUGGAGACGGCUCCAUCAAUGGGCUGGAAAGACUGGUCUUGAUGUGAUUGCCUGCAUAUCACCAAGAUUCAUGACUAAUGAUAGCGAACUGGAUCUCGUUUCUUUGACCGAUCGAAUGGGCUUCAAUGUCAGCUGGCAAUUGGGAUAUGAGUGCCAAACGAGAUGCGAUUUUAGUGGCACCGACGUUGGUAGAUACGUUCGAAUUUUGCGGAAUAAAUUGAACGCCAUUCCGAGAUAUUCGAAUAGUAUUAUCACUGGACCGGAUGUGGUCGCUUAUGAGACUAAAGAACAACAGGAAUAUCUUGAGAACUUUUUUAGCGAAGCUGACGUAUCUCUCACAGCUGUCACGUGGCAUCCAGAUUUCGCUGGUGCUACUUGGAACGACGAAGGUGUUUUUAUGGAUCAUGAUCAAUUUUUAUUAGAUAACAAUGACCUCUACAAAAUUAUAGAACGUGAUGCUGCGAAGAAGCCACUUUGGAUUGCCGAAUCUAAAUACGAGACAAGCAAGAAUCAAUUUCUCGGUGCACUCGCCUGGACCAACAGAUUGGGAAACACCGCAAAACUCGGAAUACAAGUUCUAAUGAGACAACCAACCGAUCUCUCGAAACCAACUCCGGAUUAUUGGGUAUCUGUACUUCACAAGAAACUAGUCGGUCGAGAAGUUUUAGAUACGAGGAUUCAAAUAGGUAACAGAAGCCAUGUGCACUUUUAUGUACAAUGUACAAAAGCUUCGGCUACUUAUGAGAAAGGAGCUUUAACGAUUUUUGGUAUAAAUUUGACACCAAUGAAAAUACGGGCAAAUCUAAAGGGUUUAAAAAUAAAAAACCUUCACGAGUACGUUCUAAUGCCAGGCUUCGAUGCAGAAAAUCAAAUGUUCUCGGAAAGUGUCCUUUUAAAUGGCAAACCAUUGAGCUUUUUCAAAAAGACAGAAUUACCCGAAUUUGAACCAAUUAUAUCGAACAACGAAAAGGGCUUGAGUAUUGAAUUACCAUCAGGUGGUAUAGGAUUCUGGGUUGUACCCGAUCAAAAGAUAAAAUUCUGUAUGGGUCAUGAUGUUCAAGAAGAGAAUCUAGUCGAAAGAAUGUUGAAAAAGGAAUUGCAGGAGAGUCAGAUCAAACGAAAUGAAAUACCGCGGAAAAGAAGAUUAAUCGAUCGACAAAAAAUUAUUGCACACCAGGAAAAUAAGAAACGAAGGAGCUUAGUCAAGAGAGAAAUAGAUGGUAGAGAAUGGAAAUCAAAGAAAAUUGAAAUGCAAAAGCAGAUCGAGAAGUAUGAAAAAGUUCUUAAGGGAAAAUUUGCGCUAAAUGAAAGUAAAAAGUCUACGAGCGAAUCUGUCGAUUUUUCCGAUUCGUAUUCUAGUUCGAAAGCAAAUAAGACAGUGGAAGAUUUUAAAAAAUCUAAGAGAGAUUUCGACAAAUUUUUAUCCAAUUUUCAGAAGACCGAUCAGAAAUAUAUAUCGGAGAACAAUGCAAGAAGGAAUAGGCAACCUUGGAUUCUUUCGGGUUCGAAGAAAGAAGAAACCAAUGAGAAUAAUUCUUGUGAAUUUUUCAGAAAGGAAUCAAUGAAAAAUUUCCCGAGUGGUGACGUUUUCUUAGAGACUGAUGAUUCAACGAAGAAAGAAAAGGAUUAUGAUUAUACGAAGGACGAAGAUGAUAAAAGGGAAAAAGUAGAGCUAAAAGUAUGGAAAGCACAGGCUAUGAAUAUAAGACCGAUCAAUCAUACCAAGCUCGACAAUACUUGGAUAGAUGUUGACGAUGAUUAUCGUGGUUAUAUACAGAAUGAAUUUUUCGAGACCGUGAACAUGUCGAAUGUGCGUAUGAAAGAGAAUUCGAAUAAUUACAGGAAUAUUUUGGAAGCUGAAAACAUUAAAAAACACUCAAUAAACAAAGAAAAUGACAAAAAGGAAAAUAUCAAAACAAAAACUAUCGCAGACGGUGCUUCAGAUCUCGCUGAAGAGAGACGAAUCAAAGAAAAUAAUCUGAAUAUGUUAAUGAACUAUUAUUCAGAUUCUUCAGUCGGUAAAAGCAAUAAAGAGAAUCUCGAAAAGCAUUCUAAAGUAAAGACUCAAGGAUCCAAACUCGGAGACUCUAUCGUGGCUUUUCUAGAUAAAACUAAAUUAACAUUGCCUGAUAAAAGAAGAACCAAAACUGUUCCUAUCGAGAAAAACGAGAUGACGGAUCUCGAUGUUUUACAUUAUUCCAAUUCAAUCGAUUUGCCGAUGCACAUUUCGGCUUAUAGCGAUUUGAAACAAAAUAAAAGAUUGAAGAGAAAAGUAAACGACUUGAAUAUGAUACUGGAGAAAGAGAUGAUCGAUGAGGAUGAUGAAAAUUUGAAGGAUUGUCGGUGUAGAGUGAUCAGAAAUUUGAACGAUGACUUAAAAUUAAUUCGUUGUAAGGCAAAACGACACGUAAAUGAAAAUUACGAAGAAAUUACGGAAUCUGAUAGCGAUGACGUAAGGUCUUAUGAAACUGAACAUUAUGAAGAAAUUACAGAAUCUGAUAAUUAUAGAAAUGAAAAUUAUGAAAAAACUGCAGAAUCUGAUAAUAGAAACAUAGUGAAUUAUAAAACUCAACGUCAUGAAGAACCUACAGAAUCUGAUAAUGAAAACGUAAGGACUUAUGAUACUGAAUAUUAUGAAGAACCUACAGAAUCUGAUAAUGAAAACGUAAGGACUUAUGAAAUUGAACAUUAUGAAAAAACUACAGAAUCUUAUAAUGGAAACGUAAAGAAUUAUAAAACUAAAAAUUACGAAGUCUUUAGAGAAUCUGAUAAUGAAAAAGUCAAGGAUCAUGAAACUGAACAAUCGAAAGCCGAUCAACAGUUGGUGGAAUCGAUUGAAACAGAUUUCGAUCAAAAGGAUAAUCAUGAAAUCGACAAUUCGUCUAUGCUUAUGGCAGAGCUAAGAAAUCACUUGUCUGGGACUUUUCAGGAUGUUUCAGAAAUAAACAAUUCUAUGAUAAACGAUUAUGAACUAGGAACUGAAGAAGACAAGUUUUUUCGUGGCCCUUCGGGGCAAACCAAAGAAAAGAAAACGGCGAUUAAUUUUAACAAGAAUGCUUACAGCAUUACUCCGGGGCUUUCACAAAAUAUUCCAUCCAAUUCGAAGGAGAUCAAAACUACUGAAGUCUGGUACGAUAAACGCACGUCGUCUUCGAGAGAACCAGAAGAAACAGAAACAAAGAAAAGCGAAGAUCUUACAACCGCAACACUCGACCGAAAAAUAUCUUCCAAAAGGAUCACGAAACAAAUAAGAAACGAUCAAAGUCGAAGAACAUCAACGGAUGAGUUAUCGAAAACUUCGAAAAAGUUAGUCCCAAGAACAGUGGAUCCUUCAAAGACAGAAAUAAAGUCUAAUUCGAAAAAAUACGAGAUAACGGAAGUUCCUGAAGUUCCGGACAACGAUACUUUAAUGGUCUUUAAAAAUGAGAACGAAAAGAGAAAGAGGAAUACGCCAUCAAAUUUAAGAGGAAAUUUAAAGAGGAAUACACUGAUCUCAAGGGAAAAGGACAAACAAGGACAACAUCAGCAUAAUUACAGGAAACGAAGAAAGACACUGAGGCAAAAACUAAACGCAAAAGAAGAGAAUAUCUUGCAGCAAUAUGACGACGAGAUAUCGAACGUGAUAAAAAGAAAUAUAGAGGAGUAUAAGAUAAAAGAUAAAAAUGGAAACUUGAAAAGAAAGAUAAGAGAAAAUUUAAGAAAUAACGAGGACUAUGAAGACAUGACCGAUCUAAAGAAAGUUGGAUACAUUUCAACUUACGAACCGAUACAUUACGAUACGUUAAAAAAAGAAAAACAGAUAAAUCGAGAAAAAAAAAGAAAAUAUAUUCCCCAGGUAGCUAUCAUUGGACCUUUGAAGAAAAUCCAAGAAAAAUUGAUCAGAUCUAAGAGAUAUCGUAAUCUAGAGGAUCCACGUGUCAUACUCCAUACAAAAUACGAUGGAACAAAUUCAAAAUUAAUUCAAUCGUUAGGAUUCCCAUAUAAUAUUAUAAAUGAAGGUAAACGAAACGAUAAAGAUCAACUUGCUUUUGAUAAAAGAUAUUAUGUUCUGGUCGAUUCUAACAAGGAGAAAGAUCCAUGGAUGUUUCGGUAUCAAAGAAAAUCGGAGGAAAAAUUGAGGAAUGCUUAUGAAAAUAAUGAGAGAGAGAAAUUGCCGGAAAACUCGAAGGUUCGUACAUUAGAGAUACCCAUUACGUAUAUAUACGACAAAUCCAAAGAAACAAUCAAUUCAGAAGAAACAUUGAAAUCACGAAUCUCCAAACAUAAAGUUUAUGCUAUUGAUUCUACGAUUUACACGGAUGACAAUUCAGAAUUGCAAACUCAUGAAUAUUCUUCUGAAUUAUUGAUCUCUGAUAAUGAUUCGACGGCAGACGUUUACAAUUUAAUUCUCAAGCCGAAAUUGAACAGAGGACAGAAGAAUAAUCAGUAUCAAAGAAGUUCACCGAUUUUGUAUGUUUUAAACACAAAAAGACAAAAUGACUUAAAGAAACAAUCGGAUGUCGAAUCGUAUGUUUUGGAACGUAGAAACACGAAUGAUCAUUUGGAGAAAGAAUUUGAAACUGUUAAUAAUUCUACGAAUUCCGAACAAGAUGAUUCUGAAUCGAUGGAAGAAGAUAUUACGAAAGAAGAUGAGUCGAUUACGAUAAAUCCAAGUCCGAUGAAAAAUUCUGAAAAAAAUGAAGAAAAUUCUAAGACUGACGAAAAUCAAGAAAACAUUGAUAAUCAUCGAGCUCGAAGAGAUAUCGAAGAGAUGAGUUCAAUAUUAAUUAAAAAAUUACCAUUGUCGCUGUACGAAAAAAAUAAAAUUGCAUGGUCAAAACUAUAUAAUUAUUUGAAUUUAAACAAGGAUUUUUCGACUGAUAAAUCGAUCGAGAAUUCAAAACGACUUUCAAAAUUAUUUAAGAAAUUAAAUUUUAUCGAAAGUAUAUUUAAUCCAACAAAAAAAUCAUUAUUAUCUUUCGACACACGUUUCACUAAAAAUCAUCGAAUCGACAAAGAUCUUUCGAAAAAAACCAUUCCUUUUUCGAAAAAUAUAGAUUUUUUGGAGAGUUUAGAACACAUUUUAUUCAAUGAUAGUGUAUAUUUCAAAUCGGAAAAAAAUAAAUCUUCUAUAAACGAAAUAGGAGGACAUGUAACAUCUGAGAAACAUUCAGACGAACUUGAUAAAGAAGUACUGAAUGAGAUAAACCAUGAAAAUGAAGAUUUUAGCGUGAAAAGAGAUACAAAUGAAUGGUUAAAAAUGUUACCUUUGAUAAUACAAAAAAAUAAGCGCGAACAUGGACAAUUGCAAGAAAAAAACAAUUACGAGAUAAGUUCUUUACAACCCAGCAACAUGUUUCAAAGUAAAAACGAAAUUGUUAAAAAUCCAAAAUUAAAUUUAAAAAACGCAUACAGUUAUAUAAAUGAAAAUAAUAAUAAACCAUUGGAAGAUAUAGAUCAUGAAAAUUUAAAUAAAGAAUCAGAGAAACUUUAUCAACUUUGGGAAUUCAAUCCAUUAUUAAGUUCGGAAGAAGAAAACUAUGUAGUAGAUAAUUUUUUGGAAUCUUUUUUACGGCACGAUUCACUGAUGAAGAAUGAUGAUCAUAAGAAUGAACCGAAUGUCAGUAAUAAAUCAUCGUCGUUUCUUCAAGGAGCUAUUCCGGAAUUACAAGAAGAGAUAACCGAAAGAUUUAAUACACCCCAGAACGUAACUAAAUCUUUGAAAGAAUUCACAGAAAGCUUCGAUAAAAAGUUUAACGAGACUUUACUGAAAGAUGAUAAAAAUGAAACCGUUGAAAAUUCAAUUUCGUCCACGAUCAUGCAUUUUUCAAAUGAUGAUAAGUCUACGAGCAUUUUUCAAACGAUUAUAACGAACGUGCAAAAAUUUUUCACUCCUUUCUCUGACUUUAUUCGUACGCUCUAUAGAAAAUAAUAAAUUUAUAAUGUUAUUUCAUUUAUAUUUCAUGCAUUCAUACUAUUUCUUUUUAAAAAUACAAAUCAUGCAACUUAGCUAUAUCUUUAUAAUACUUAAUUGAGAAUAUCGGAUUUGUAAUAAACUAUAUACAUGCAUCUAAAUGUAAGUACAUAAGUGAGAAAAGAAAAAAAGGAUGGUGUAAUAAAUGACAAAUAAUAUUCUAGGAUAAUUAUUAUAC